GGUUAACGCUGUCAGGCUGGCCGGAAGACAGAAAUGGAGGUUAGAGUUAUUAGGCGAGACUGACACUUUCAGCUGGAUUCUUUGACGUGGAAAGAGGGGAAAAGCUAGCAGUUGGCUAAAGGAUAGAAGCUCCGAGAAGGCAACACUGUCACACAGCUGAAAUCAUGGAGUCCAUGCUAAAUAAAUUGAAAAAUACUGUAACCAAGGUGACUGCCGAUGUUACUAGUGCAGUUAUGGGGAAUCCUGUUACUAGAGAGUUUGAAGUUGGACGUCACAUUGCAAGUGGGGGACCAGGGCUUUCUUGGAAGAUCUUCAAUGGCAUCAAAAAAUCUACCAAACAGGAAGUUGCAGUAUUUGUAUUUGAUAAGAAAAUUAUUGAAAAAUAUCAGAAAUUUGAUAAAGACCAAAUAAUUGAUUCGCUUAAACGAGGAGUUCAGCAGCUUACAAGGCUUCGUCAUCCUCGACUGCUAACUGUUCAGCAUCCUUUAGAAGAAUCAAGAGAUUGCCUUGCAUUCUGCACAGAGCCAGUGUUUGCAAGUUUGUCUAAUGUUCUUGGACAGUGGGACAACUUGCCAACUCCAGUACCACCUGAAAUCAAGGAGCACAAGCUUUAUGAUGUUGAGACCAAAUAUGGCCUCUUGCAGAUCUCUGAAGGCUUAUCAUUUUUACAUAGUAGUGUUAAAAUGGUUCAUGGAAAUCUUACUCCUGAGAAUAUUAUCAUUAACAAGAGUGGAGCUUGGAAAAUAAUGGGCUUUGACUUUAGUAUUUCUUCAACUAAUCCUUCAGAACAAGAGCCAAAGUACUCCUGCAAAGAGUGGGACCCGAAUCUCCCAUCCUUGUGCUUGCCUAAUCCAGAAUACCUGGCACCUGAGUAUAUUUUGUCAGUAAGCUGUGAUGCAGCUAGUGACAUGUACUCUUUAGGAGUUGUCAUAUAUGCAGUGUUUAAUGAAGGAAAACCCAUCUUUGAAGUUAACAAGCAUGAUAUUUUUAAAAGUUUCAGCCGGCAGCUGGAUCAGUUGAGCCGUUUGAAUCAAAAUAUUCUCCAGAAGGUACCAGAAGAGGUCUUUGAGCACAUAAAGCUAUUAUUAAAUGUAACCCCCACUGUCAGGCCAGAUGCUGAUCAAAUGACUAAGAUCCCUUUCUUUGAUGAUGUUGGGGCUAUGACUUUGCAAUAUUUUGAUACAUUAUUCCAAAGAGAUAACUUACAGAAGUCUCAGUUUUACAAAGGCCUCCCAAAGGUUCUCCCUAAACUUCCUAAGCGUGUUGUAGUACAGCGUAUUCUACCUGCUCUGACUUCUGAAUUUGUGAAUCCAGAUAUGGUUCCAUUUGUAUUGCCAAAUGUUCUGUUCAUUGCUGAAGAAUGUACAAAAGAGGAAUAUAUAAAAUUGAUUCUCCCUGAACUUACUCCAGUCUUUAAACAGCAAGAGCCCAUUCAGGCUAGUAAUAUGAUUUUGUUAAUCUUUUUGCAAAAAAUGGACUUGUUGCUGACAAAAACUCCCCCAGAAGAAAUUAAGAAUUGUGUCUUGCCAAUGGUUUACAGAGCCCUUGAGGCACCAUCCAUUCAGAUUCAGGAGCUCUGUUUGAACAUCAUUCCCACUUUUGCAAAUCUGAUUGAUUACCCUUCCAUGAAGAACUCAUUAAUUCCAAGGAUUAAAAAUGCAUGUUUACAGACCUCUUCUCUUGCAGUACGUGUGAAUUCGUUGGUUUGCCUAGGCAAGAUUUUAGAAUAUCUUGAUAAAUGGUAUGUAAUUGAUGAAAUCCUACCGUUCCUGCAGCAGAUUCCAUCUCGGGAACCAGCAGUACUUAUGGGAGUUUUGGGUAUCUAUAAGUGUACUUUUACACAUAAGAAGCUAGGAAUUCCCAAAGAACAGCUAGCAGGAAAGGUUAUACCCCAUCUCAUUCCACUAAGCAUAGAUAAUAACCUGAAUCUGCACCAGUUCAGUUCUUAUAUAAGUGUAGUUAAAGAUAUGCUGAAUCGAGUGGAAGCCGAGCACAAGACCAAGUUAGAACAACUACACUUGAUGCAAGAACAGCAAAAGGGUAUGGACCUUACUAAUCAUAUUGGCAAACCAGAAGAUACCAAGACUAGCCCAAGUGAUCAGAUUGACAAGAUUUUUGGAACAGAUUCAAUUGGAGGAGGAUCUGACAAAAAAGAAAACGAAUCUUCAAUAGUUGCUCCCAAACUAUCAAGAGUUUCUCUCACAUUGGAAGAAAAACAAAGAUUAGCAAAAGAGCAAGAACAGGCUCAGAAACUUAAAAACCAGCAGCCACUUGCUCCAAAGAAUAUAACCUCUACACCUACUAUCAAACCAACAAAAGACCUAACUGGAACUCUUCUAGAUAAUAUGUCUGGUCUUGGAAACAUGUCGGUUGGCACCUCAAAGCCAGCAUCUUCUCAGAUGGCUCCAAAUCCUUCUUUCACAACUUUAUCUCCAGUGGGCACAAUGAGCAAUGGUUUCGGUUCAAUGGGAUUCCAGUCAUCUGGCAUUAAUAUGGGAUUAUGUAACCCCACACCCAACAUAUACAGCAGCAUAGCACCUACAAACAGCACACCAAAUUUCAGCUCCAUAAGUGGCUUAAACCAACCUGGAUCAAUAGGAAUGCCACAACAGAACAAACCACCUGAUAUGUCUUCACUUGAUUCUUUGUUUGGUCCCCAGAAGCCCAAAGUAAGUUUGAACCAAAUGUCACAGAAGCAAAUGCAGACUGCUCCCAGUCCUUGGCUGAAUCAGUUUGUGCCACCUCAGAGCUCACAGUCAAUGGCUGGUGCUCAGCCAGCAUUAAUGGGACAGACCGGUUUUGGAAUUCAGGCAAAUCCAUUCUUUAGCCCUCAGAACUUUUCCCAGCCCAGCAUGCCAAAGAACACGUUGAAAAGUAGCACCUCAGCAAACAACGAUUUAAAAGAUCUCUUUGGAUAAUUAUUAUUUUGAGGUCAUUUGGGAUGAUUUAAAAUGUAGCAUUUAAUUUUUUUUUUUUGGAAAUAACUUUAUUUUGUUUUAGUUAUGGAUAUAAAUUUGUCUUAUUCAUUUAACAAUUUCCUGCAGGAAGCAAUACAUUUUGCAUUUACCCAAGAAGUAUAAUCUUACAAAUAAUGUAACAAAUGAAAACUUCUUAGACUACAUUACCAGAAAUGACAAGGAUGACUCUGAAGAUGCAGAGAAGAUUUUAUAACACAUGGUAUUUAAAAGGCAACACACUUUUUACAUUCUAUUUUAGUGGUGUUUGGUUUGUAUACAAAAGAAAGAAGACAAUAGAUAAAAUUAACAUUUAUAAUUUUAAUCUACAUGAGUCACUCAAUUUUUUUUAGACUUGAUUUUGAUUAUAUUUUAGUGUACAUGGACCUUUUCAAAUGCUUAGAUUUUGUUUUCUUUUGCUUAAAGAUUUUUCUUUUUACAUUUUAGGGUAUUCAUAAACUAGCUCACUUACUUUGUUUGCACCUUUAUAAACUCUUUUUAUAAACAUGUUUAUAUGUUUCACCUGAACAUAAAAGCUGGGGAAAUCAUGUCUUUUCAUUUGGUCAUUAUUAAUUUCUGGAAAUGCAUGCAGGAUUGUCUUACAAAUUAGCUAAAAUGUAAAGGAAGAAUUUUUAUCACACCUUGCAUUAAAUAUUCUCAUUAUAAGGUAUGAUUUGCAAAUUGCAAAAGAAAAAUCUAGAAAAUGUUUUGAAUGUUUACCAUAAAGUAUUUUGGAUUUUUUUUUUCUGUUCAGCGAAGCUUUGUCUUAACUCCAUCUCUGCAAAUUACACUUCUUGUCAUCAGAGCAAGGAAAUAGUUUUGCUAUUCCUGCACAUAUUCUAAACUAUGUUUAUGGAUAAUCCUUUUUCUUCUAGAACUACCUCCUGUUUUUGGAUAUUUUACACAUUGCCUAUAAGGUGACAAUUCCAAAACAGUAAACCUUUUGCGUAUGAAAAUCAAUAGCACAUGAUGUUUUCAGGUCAGCUUUUCAAAUGCAGCGUGAAACAGCUUAUAAAUAUCAAAACUGCUGAAAUACAUGUGUUGGUUGUAUAAUUUUGUUCCUGUGACAGGAGGUCUUUAUGCUUAACCCUUUGAGUAUUGCAUUUUUUUUUUAUCUUUGCUUUUGCUGCUCAGUAUACCACAGGGCCUUAUGAGAUGAAUGUGAGAGACUUUUAGAAUUUAAUGAUGUUUAUAAAAGCAGUUUUAAUAUUGUAAAAUGUACAGAUUGUAAUUUUGAGUCUGCUUUUUGUCUUUUAGCAGAAAACCUACUGUAUGUAAUGGAUGUGCUUUCUUGGAUUAAAAAAUGACUUUUUGGCAUAAUCUUGGACCAGAGAGCAUAUCUAGUGGAUGCCUUUGUUCAUAAAAGUGUUUAUAAUUAUGUACAAAAAUUGCUGCCUUUUUGUUGAUAUUUGGUUUUUGUGUAAGUUCAGUGGUUGGAAGGGGACUUCUAAAAAAUCCACAAAAUGUUACUUUGUACAUGAAAUGUUGACUACUUGAGAAGCUUAAGUAACACUAUUUGUCUUUUGGUGUAUGGCUGUCUGUUGUAUAAAGAAUGUACAAUCUAUGACCCGAAUUUGUGAAACUGUACAAUGCUGUGACCCAUGACAGUGGACCACUUAAUUUUCUGAAAUUACUUUGGAUUGUAAUACUUGAUUGACAGUUAAUUUUGAAAUAAUUUCUAAUAUAUUUUUUUUUUUAUUUUGUAUGAUAUGAGCCUUAUCUCUCCAUUGUACUUCUGUUUUGGUUAUUUAUUCUAAAUGAUUGCACCUUAAGACCUUACUGCCAUAUGUCAUUCCUUCUGUCUAGAAUAUUAAUGACCAUCCUUCUCAUGUUAAUAGCAGAGAGGGAGAAUUUUAAAUGCUAUCUUGUUAAAACUGAAAUUAGCUAUUUAAUGAAAGCACUUCACUGGUUUAUAGAUGUCGAUUCAUAAUUACUAUUACAAAUAUGAUCACGUUUCAAAUAAAGAUUUUUUUCUUGUGUGUGGCUAUCCAAAUUCAUGUUGCCAUUCACAAAAAUGUUGCAUUAAUGUUCAAAGAGAGAGGUUUCUGUUCCUGUUUCAGCAUAUGUUUGCAUAAGUGUGAUUGCCCUCCACUCCUAGCGUAAUUCUGUAUUUCAUGUUUGUUACAUUUUUUUUAAUAUUAUAAAGUUUCUUGUGAUGCUUAUGUUUAGGGCUUCCUUUACAUUUUAUCACAAUUUAUUUUUGUCUUAAGGUACAAAAUGAGAUUAGGUAAUUGCAAAAGGAGGUGGUGUGCUGUGUGUAUCUUAGACUGAUAAAAGUUUUACUGUCUCACUGCACUUAGUAUGUUUCUUCUGCCAUUUCAAAGCAGUUUAUUGGUUGUACAAAUUUUGAGUUAUCCCCUCAAUAAACAGUUCUGUUUGUUG